AUGGAGGAAGCCAAGGUCACAGAAGUUCCCCACCUGGAGCGGAGGGUCGGGAAGCGGAAAGAUCCCAUGGCCAUCCUGAAAACCAAGCUGAGCAGUAGCCUGUCCUGCUCCGUGCCCAGGGUCAAGACUACCCUGACUGGGUUAUUCCCUGUGGUGCUCUGGCUGCCCAAAUACAAGCUGAAAGAGUAUAUCUGGGGUGAUCUAAUGUCGGGCCUAGUCAUAGGCAUCAUCCUGGUCCCUCAGGCCAUCGCCUACUGUCUGCUGGCCGGAGUAGACCCCAUCUAUGGCCUCUACACUUCCUUCUUCGCCAACAUCAUCUACUUCUUCAUGGGGACCUCCAGGCACGUGUCUGUGGGCAUCUUCAGUCUGAUGAGCCUUAUGGUGGGCCAGGUGGUGGACAGAGAGGUGUAUAUGGCAGGGUUUGAUUUGGAUGACACCAAAACAGAUGGAAUCUUGAAUGUGACAGGAGACUCAGACAGCUCAGCAGUCAACCUGACCAUGGGGGCCUUCGGCAUGGAAUGUGGGAAAGAAUGUUAUGCCAUCAGUAUCGCAGCAGCCAUGACGUUUUUGGCUGGGAUUUACCAGGUACAAUUUCAAUUCAACCACUCUGAUUCAGCACUCUCAAAACUGCUUUAAACAUUUUGUGAAACAGAAGUAACGAUUACUCCUGAAAUUAUUUGACUUGAUUAAACACUCAUGUCAUAAACAUUUAUAUAUCACCUACAGAUGUAGGAUCUUAAUUUGAACCAUAUUUCCAAAGCAGAAAAUAAAUCCUGCAGCAACAGGAAAUAAUUAUGUAGAUUAUAAUUAAUGGGAAUUUAUUGUAGGAUUUGAUCAAUUCUUUGUUAGGGCAAAUCAAGUCUGACAUUUUUACGUGGAAGUUACAAACUUUAGAAGCCUUUUAUAGCCUUGAAUACAAGUUUGCAUUUCCUGCUGUACAGGAAAGUUCUCAGCAACAAAAGAGUGAUCAAACUAAGAUCCUACAUCUGUACAUCAAAGAUGACUGUGCUGAAUAUAUUGACCUUCAGAUUAGUUGAAAUGACCUAUCUGAUAAAAAUGGUUGUGUCCUUCCAGGUAUUGAUGGCUGUGUUCAGACUGGGCUUUGUCUCCGUCUAUCUCUCUGCUCCCAUGCUGGACGGCUUCGCCACCGGUGCCUCGUUCACCAUCCUCACCGUCCAAGCCAAGUACCUCCUGGGGCUCAAGAUCCCUCGCCACCAGGGCUACGGAACUGUGGUGGUCACCUGGAUCCACAUCUUCAGCAACAUCCAGAAUACCAACUACUGUGACCUCAUCACCAGUGCCAUCUGCAUCUCUGUCCUGGUGGCGGGGAAGGAGCUCCAAGAGCGCUACAAGGACCGUCUUAAGAUCCCCCUGCCCACAGAGCUGGUGGUAGUGGUGAUCGCUACACUGGCGUCCCACUUUGGAGACUUUCAUGGAUGGUACGACUCCAAUGUCUCUGGGGCUAUCCCCACAGGCUUCAUCCCCCCUAAGGUGCCCAGUUUUGGGUUGAUGCCCCGGGUGGCCUUCGACGCCAUCCUACUGGCUGUGAUCAGCUUUGCCUUCACGGUUUCCCUCUCUGAGAUGUUUGCCAAGAAGAACGGCUACACCGUCCGCCCCAACCAGGAGAUGAUGGCCAUUGGUUUCUGUAACAUCAUCCCUUCUUUCUUCCACUGUUUCACCACCAGCGCUGCCCUGGCUAAGACUAUGGUGAAAGACUCCACAGGCUGCCAGACUCAGGUCUCCAGCAUUGUGAGUGCCUUUGUCGUUCUCCUGGUCCUGCUCUUCUUUGCCCCCCUAUUUUACUCCCUCCAGAAGUGCGUCCUGGCCUGUAUCAUCAUCGUCAGCCUGAGGGGCGCUCUCCGUAAGUUCAGAGACGUGCCCAGUAUGUGGCGCGUCAGUAAGAUGGAUGCUGUCGUCUGGAUGGUGACGAUGAGCGCCUCAGCUCUGAUCAGUGUGGAGAUGGGGCUGGUGGUUGGGGUAGUUUUCUCUAUGCUCUGUAUCAUCGUCCAGACCCAGAAGCCCAAGGUUUCUCUGCUGGGACAGAUCCAUGACACUACCCACUACGAGGAUAUGGAGGAGUAUGAAAACCUAAUGUCUCUCCCUAAAGUGAAGAUCUUCCGCUUCCAGGCCCCGCUGUACUAUGCAAACAAGGACUUCUUCCUGAAGUCGCUGUACAAAGCCGUGGGCGUGAAACCCUUCCUGGAGAUGACCAGGAGGAGGAAAGCAGAGAAAAAAGUGGAAACACUGGCAGCGAAGGAGGCUGGGAGAGCCGACAAGACUAACGGAGAGGUGAAGGUAGGGUUGGGGUCCAGAGAACUUGACUUCCACACGAUUAUCCUAGACUGCUCUGCCAUGCCCUUCAUAGACUCAACAGGGAUGCAAACCUUCAAAGGGAUCAUUAAAGACUAUAAGGAGGUGGGUGUCACAGUGCUGCUAGCGAGCUGUAACACCACGGUCAUAGAUUCUCUCAGACAAGGUUCUUUCUUUGGGAAGGCUGACAAAGACAUGGAAAAUGUGUCAUUCUGUACUGUACAUGCUGCAGUUCAAUUUGCCAAUGACAGGACAUCAUCUACAUCAGAGCUCUCCAACCCUGUUCCUCGAGAGCUACCGUCCUGUAGGUUUUCGAUCCAACCCUAAUCUAGCACAGUUGCUAGUUGAUAAACUGAGUCAAGUUAGUUAAAACUGGGGUUGGAGUAAAAAUCUACAGGAGGGUAGCUCUCUAGGAACAGGGUUGAAGAACCCCGAUCUACAUCCAUUGGUGCCGCACAGGAGGUUGGUGGCACCUUAAUUGUGGAGUUCGGGCUCGUGGUAAGGCUGGAGCGGAAAAGGUGGAAGUCUAUCAAAUACAUCAAACACAUGGUUUCCAUGGUUUCCAGGUGUUUGAUGACAUUCCAAUUGUUCCGUUCCAGACAUUAUUAUGAGCCGUCCUCCACUCAGCAGCCUCCACUGGACCAGAACCAUAUACUGUAUAUCCAAAUAAAUGGAAAUUUAACUAAAUGGCUCUGGUGUAGACUGAGACAGAAGAACACGUUUUUUUUUUACGUGAGGGAGAAUGAGUAGUUGAAGAGUUAAAUAGUGCGUUUAUGCAAGAUAAUGAAAGGUAAAGUGAGCAAACAGGUCCCGUGUAGCUCAGCUGGUAAAGCAUGGCGUUUGCAGCACCAGGGUUGUGGGUUCGUUUCCCACAGGGGGCCAGUAUGAAUUUUUUUUUUUUUAAAUAAUAAUUGUAUGCACUCACUCUGGAUAAGAGCGUCUGCUAAAUGACUAAAAUUGAAUUUUUCUCCUCACUUAGAGGCAUCAAAACAUUAUUUUUUUAUAUUUUAAUAGAUUAAUACGCUGAUUAAGAAUCCUGAAAUUGAAUAAUGCCAAAAGGGAAGCAUUUGGAAGGAGAUUUUACUUGACUCCUCAAUCAAUACAUAGCCUACAGCUACAGUUAACGUUAUAGGAACCUAUUGAACUUUUCAACAACAAAAUAUUCCCUUAAUGUUAUACUUGAAUUAUAAGACAAGCAAGCUUUUGUACAGUGAUGACCAUGUGUCAGUGAUACUGUUAAUGCGCUGGAUGUUUUAUAGGGGAUUUAUGAUUGACCAUCCAAUUAAUAAUCAAGGGAGUAUCAAUCUAUUUUAUGUUACAUUUUGAGUUUGACAAGGCCAGAUUCGCCAUAACAUAGUACAUUUCGACUUCACAAUUUAUUUUGUAAAACACAACCUCUGGUUACUAAUCCAAUAUGUUACCUCAAGAUUUACAACAUUAGUUGAAGUUUCAGAUUAACAUUUGAAGUUUGGAAUCUUAUCAAAUAAUUGUUAAAUUCCUAUUUAAUAAUAUUUGUUAAAAUCUGUACAUUUGAGUUACCAAUAGAAACAAUAAUUGUGUAUAUUUAUACAGUAUCUUGAAAUCCAUGGUUUAAUAAACUACAAUACAUUGUGUAACUUAAAUGACUAAUGAUUUUGAAACUGUGAAGUUAUAAUGAAUGCCAUUUUCAGCACACGGUAUGUCAAUUAUUAACUAGCAAAAUAACAUGUAGCAUUGUAACAUUUUGUCUGUGCUCAGCCAUAUACAGCCUAGGCCUACUACUUUGUUGAAUCAUUUCACAAUUUGCUGCAUCGGUAUGACAUAAAGAACCGUUUACUAUGGGCAUUGGCAUGCAUUUUGGUGACUUUUCCUAUUGCAGGUUCAAACAUCUGUCCAGAAUAUUACAGACAUUGAUUACAAUGUGAUCUUUCCUGACUGUUUAUUAAAAAUGUAUUGAAUGCACUGUCUAAUGUGUCCAUCUAAUCAGCAAUAGCUGGCUACAGUAUUUUGACUUACUACAUUCAGUACUGAAGUGAAACUGCAAUGUAGCUUACUAUCCACUUGAUGGAGGCAGAGAGCCCCUCUAAACAAAAGACGAAAGGGGGAGUGUCAUUAGUGACUGAAUAGCCAAUCACAGCCCUUCUUGAACAAGGAAACCAUUUUUGAAUUUUUAGCACAAACAGCUGAAAAGGCGCUAUUGCUUCGGCGCCACUAUAUUGACAAUUCAAAUCAGCCAGCCAUCCACACGUGUUUUUGAUUUAAUGUCAAACAUUUAUAUUCGUCAAUAGCUACCUAGUUUUCGGAGCAGCUAUGUCAAGCCGGAGGAGGUAAGUUGACUUGGUUUGCUAGCUAAAGUGACUAUCAUUAGCCAGGCUAGAACGAGUUAACGUUAGCUUUACUUGUUAGGAGUAUCUCUAGUUAAGUUAGCUGUAGCAAUGUGUGAAUAAAAUUAGAAGUAGCUACCACAAUACAAAAAGCUAAUGGCAUUGCAGGGAUAGGGGAAAGUUUCAUACUAACCAGACUGAUACUGACAAUGACUAUAGUAGGCUAGUUAAAUUAGGUUAUGCCGCGUUCAAAACAACUGGGAACUCGUAAAUCUCAGACUUUAAUGCGUCCAAGGCAAUUGGGAACUCGAGAAAAAAAGAGCUCCGACUGGGAAAUAGUUUAAUGGUCAUCUAACUCAGAAUUCCAACUCGGCCUCUUUCUAGAGCUCCGACUUUCCGAACUGAAGAUCACUGACGUCAUGAUUUUACCACGUAUUUUUCUGUGUUCCCAGUUGUCUUGAACGCACCAAUAGUUACAAGCAAACGUUGUUUGCUAGUUCAGGGGUGUAUUCAUUACAGAAAACGUUUACCGUUUAAGGACCAAACGGAAGCAAACUACAUUUUUACAUUUUAGUCAUUUAGCAGACGCUCUUAUCCAGAGCGACUUAGUUAGACUAAACUAACUUAUUGGACAAAUUCAGGUCCCUCACCGUUUCGUUUGCUUCCGUUUUAAGAAAUGUUUUGCAACAGAAUAGGCGCAAUGAAAACACCCCUGGUCCAGAGCUUGACGUGCGGCACGAGGAGUCUUCAACGCCCUUUAUCGUUACAUUCAUCCCCACAUCACACAUUUUCAUUAGUGACUGGCUUUAACACACUUUUUGUUAAUCAUUAAAGUAAAGAUGCUGCUGAGUACUGACGAACUUUUCUCUGCUAGAACCAGCAGAUUAACGUGAUCUCCCGAGUCCAUGUUUAUGCGUCAUAGUACAGAUCCAACACAUGGACCAGAACUAGUGAGGCCCACCCAGGAGGGGGUCAACACUAAUUACCACAGCCCAAAGAGAAUGAUAUAGGUCUCUCUAGUGGCCAAAAGGCAUCAUUAGCAUGGGCUGCGCCAUUGAGGGCUUCCACCGUUGUAAUGUAGUCAACUGGGUGGCACUUCCAACUUCAUUGGCUGAUCCCUCCUGGUGACCCUAUUCGAGCCAUUUCCAACCGGGUCAUCAGGAGGGAUCAGGCAAUCGUGAAGAAGAAAAAGCCUCAAUGGCGCCGAAGAUUUUUAUAACUACCCCAAGAUGGACCACAGCCUGUCGUUUCCAAUGGGAACAAAUGAGUCCUAGUGGGCACAACAAGCAAGGAGGGGGGCAGUGCACGAGCUAGCGAGAUCCUAUUGGGCAUUCUAGUAUGUAUUUGCAUAUUGCCAUUAGGGAAUGCCUACUCUGUGAAAUCCAUCUCGCUCAAUCUUCUCCUACUGCCGACCACUGGGCUUCCUCUCAUCACCAUAUUUGGUAGUGAGAGGAAAACGCCAACCAGAUGCUUCACAUUUAUACAUCCGGUGAAAUAUCUGGCUCAUUGUUCUAUCUGUGAUGGUGCUGCCCAUGCUGUCACAGACACUAUAAUGGCACGGAUACAAAGAUGAGUCCUCUAUCUCAAUGCCACGUCCACAAAGUCAUAAUUAUGGCUAAACCCUGCCUAUUUCUACAAUUUAUCUAAUUAAAAUUUGAUUUUAACAUGAACCACACUGCUAACCUUAUGCCUAACCUUAAAUUAAGACCAAAAAGCAAAUUUUAGUUUUCAUGGAUUUUAAUAAUAUAGUCAAUUUUGGCUGUGGUAACUAGUGACAACCCGGUGAAAACCCAAUCUGCGCCGUUCGGUUAUGUUGUCAACAAGGAUAAAGGGAGUGCUCCUAAUCUCAGUUUGUUACCUGUAUAAAAGACACCUGUCCACAGAAGCAAUCAAUCAGAUUCCAAACUCUCCACCAUGGCCAAGACCAAAGAGCUCUCCAAGGAUGUCAGGGACAAGAUUGUAGACCUACACAAGGCUGGAAUGGGCUACAAGACCAUCGCCAAGCAGCUUGGUGAGAAGGUGACAACAGUUGGUGCGAUUAUUCACAAAUGGAAGAAACACAAAAUAACUGUCAAUCUCCCUCGGCCUGGGGCUACAUGCAAGAUCUCACCUUGUGGAGUUGCAAUGAUCAUGAGAACGGUGAGGAAUCAGGCCAGAACUACACGGGAGGAUCUUGUCAAUGAUCUUAAGGCAGCUGGGACCAUAGUCACCAAGAAAACAAUUGGUAACACACUACGCCGUGAAGGACUGAAAUCCUGCAGCGCCCACAAGGUCCCCCUGCUCAAGAAAGCACAUAUACAUGCCUGUCUGAAGUUUGCCAAUGAACAUCUGAAUGAUUCAGAGGAGAACUGGGUGAAAGUGUUGUGGUCAGAUGAGACCAAAAUGGAGCUCUUUGGCAUCAACUCAACUCGCCGUGUUUGGAGGAGGAGGAAUGCUGCCUAUGACCCCAAGAACACCAUCCCCACCGUCAAACAUGGAGGUGGAAACAUUAUGCUUUGGGGGUGUUUUUCUGCUAAGGGGACAGGACAACUUCACCGCAUCAAAGGGACUAUGGACGGGGCCAUGUACCGUCAAAUCUUGGGUGAGAACCUCCUUCCCUCAGCCAGGGUAUUGAAAAUGGGUCGUGGAUGGGUAUUCCAGCAUGACAAUGACCCAAAACACACGGCCAAGGCAACAAAUGAGUGGCUCAAGAAGAAGCACAUUAAGGUCCUGGAGUGGCCUAGCCAGUCUCCAGACCUUAAUACCAUAGAAAAUCUGUGGAGGGAGCUGAAGGUUCGAGUUGCCAAACGUCAGCCUCAACCUUAAUGACUUGGAGAAGAUCUGAAAAGAGGAGUGGAACAAAAUCCCUCCUGAGAUGUGUGCAAACCUGGUGGCCAACUACAAGAAACGUCUGACCUAUGUGAUUGCCAACAAGUGUUUUGCCACCAAGUACUAAGUCAUGUUUUGCAGAGGGGUCAAAUACUUAUUUCCCUCAUUAAAAUGCAAAUCAAUUUAUAACAUUUUUGACAUGCGUUUUUCUGGAUUUUUUUGUUAUUCUGUCUCUCACUGUUCAAAUAAACCUACCAUUAAAAUUAUAGACUGAUCAUUUCUUUGUCAGUGGGCAAACGUACAAAAUCAGCAGGGGAUCAAAUACUUUUUUCCCUCACUGUACAACUCCUUUCCAUAAAGUAUAUAUUCACAUUUGCAAACUAGAUUUCAUUGGAAAGGCAGAGCGUUUUCAUCAAAAGCAAUCACUUUUGCAUGUGAAAACACAGACUCGUACUCUUUACUCCACGUGCUUAAUCUCACUUUUGUUUUGAGCCAACUUCGCCAAUGAAUGCAAUCACUUUUCACCCAUUGCAAACUACAUCUGCCCGGGCCAGGGGUGUAUUCAUUAUGCCGAUUCUGUUAAACGUUUUGUCUGUUGAACGCGGUUGGGUUCUUAAACGGAAGUUGUAGUACAUUUUAAUUAUAUGGUUUCCACGCUUGCCAUUUCAAUCUGAAUAGUCUGCGACGUGUUUGAGACAAAAUAUCCACAGGAAAAUGUUAUUAAACAGACAACCGCGGAUCUCUGUGUGGCAGUCAAUACUUGUUUGCUCAUCGGCUAAGGCACAUGCACAAGACGGAAGUACAUGCACAGGAUGCAUGCAUGCAACAGAAGUCUUGCAGGUGUUUGCAUGGUAUACGCAUGUGACAGAUAUCUCAACGCCAGUACCGGCGCUCUAAAAAUUCAGCUAAACAACACUUUCCUGUGGAUAUUUUGACCAGCUGAAGGACCAACCGCAAAGACAACCAGUAGAGUAAGUGCAAAUGUAAUUUUAUACAACAUUCUGGCUUAUAAGGAAACUUUCCAAGUUUUUGUAGUGCUUGGUGUGACUGUAUACCAAUAAUUGGUAUCAUAGCCAAUUAAUUAGGUAAUGACAUCUUUUCACACUCUUGGCAUUCUCUCAACCAGCUUCACCUGGAAUGCUUUUCCAACAGUCUUGAAGGAGUUCCCACAUAUGCUGAGCACUUGUUGGCUGCUUUUCCUUCACUCUGCCGUCCGACUCAUCCCAAACCAUCUCAAUUGGGUUGAUGUCAGGUGAUUGUGGAGGCCAGGUCAUCUGAUGCAGCACUCCAUCACUCUCCUUCUUGGUCAAAUAGCCCUUACACAGCCUGGAGGUGUGUUGGGUCAUUGUCCUGUUGAAAUUAUAGUCCCACUAAGCCCAAACCAGAUGGGAUGGCGUAUCGCUGCAGAAUGCUGUGGUAGGCAUGCUGGUUAAGUGUGCCUUGAAUUCUAAAUAAAUCACAGACAGUGUCACCAGCAAAGCACCCCCACACCAUAACACCUAAUUCUCCAUGUUUUACGGUGGGAACUACACAUGCAGAGAUCAUCCAUUCACCCACACCGCGUCUCACAAAGACAACGGCAGUUGGAACCAAACAUCUCUAAUUUGGACUCCAGACCAGAGGACACAUUUCCACCGGUCUAAUGUCCAUUGCUCGUGUUUUUUGUCCCAAGCAUGUCUCUUCUUCUUAUUGGUGUCCUUUAGUAGUGGUUGCUUUGCAGCAAUGGGACCAUGAAGGCCUGAUUCACACAGUCCCCUCUGAACAGUUGAUGUUGAUGUCUUUAUUUUAUUUUUUACCUGUAAUUUGUUUAGUUUUUUUAGGGGCUAGAUCAGCUUUAAUAUUGCAGAUGUAUACUAUAUACAUUACUUGAACUCUGUGAAGCAUUUAUUUGGGCUGCAAUUUUUUAGGCUGGUAACUCUAAUGAACUUAUCCUCUGCAGCAGAGGUAACUCUGGGUCUUCCAUUCCUGUGGCAGUCCUCAUGGGAGCCAGUUUCAUCAUAGCGCUUGAUGGUUUUGCGACUGCACUUGAAGAAACUUUCAGAGUCCUUGAGAUUUUCCGUAUUGACUGACCUUCAUGUCUUACAGUAAUGAUGGACUGUCGCUUCUCUUUGCUUAUUUGAGCUGUUCUUGCCAUAAUAUGGACUUUGCCUUUUACCAAAUAGGGCUAUCUUCUGUAUACCCCCCCUAUCUUAUCACAACACAACACAACUGAUGUAGCUCAAUUGGUAGAGCAUGGCGCUUGUAACGCCAGGGUAGUGGGUUCGAUCCCCGGGACCACCCAUAGGUAAAAAAUGUAUGCACUCAUGACUGUAAGUCGCGUUGGAUAAAAGCGUCUGCGAAAUGGCAUAUUAUUAUAAGAAUGAAAGAAAUUCCACAAAUUAACUUAAGAAGGCACACCUGUUAAUUGAAAUGCAUUCCAGGUGACCAUCUCAUGAAGCUGGUUGAGAGAAUUUCAAGAGUGUGCAAAGCUGUCAUCAAGGCAAAGGGUGGCUAUUUGAAGAAUCUCAAAUAUACACUGCUCAAAAAAAUAAAGGGAACACUUAAACAACACAUUGUAACUCAAAGUCAAUCACACUUCUGUGAAAUCAAACUGUCCACUUAGGAAGCAACACUGAUUGACAAUACAUUUCACAUGCUGUUGUGCAAAUGGAAUAGACAACAGGUGGAAAUUAUAGGCAAUUAGCAAGACACCCCCAAUAAAGAAGUGGUUCUGCAGGUUGUGACCACAGACCACUUCUCAGUUCCUAUGCUUCCUGGCUGAUGUUUUGGUCACUUUUGAAUGCUGGCGGUGCUUUCACUCUAGUGGUAACAUGAGACAGAGUCUACAACCCACACAAGUGGCUCAGGUAGUGCAGCUCAUCCAGGAUGGCACAUCAAUGCGAGCUGUGGCAAGAAGGUUUGCUGUGUCUGUCAGCGUAGUGUCCAGAGCAUGGAGGCGCUACCAGGAGACAGGCCAGUACAUCAGGAGACGUGGAGGAGGCCGUAGGAGGGCAACAACCCAGCAGCAGGACCGCUACCUCCGCCUUUGUGCAAGGAGGAGCAGGAGGAGCACUGCCAGAGCCCUGCAAAAUGACCUCCAGCAGGCCACAAAUUUGCAUGUGUCUGCUCAAACGGUCAGAAACAGACUCCAUGAGGGUGGUAUGAGGGCCCGACGUCCACAGGUGGGGGUUGUGCUUACAGCCCAACACCGUGCAGGACGUUUGGCAUUUGCCAGAGGACACCAAGAUUGGCAAAUUCGCCACUGGCGCCCUGUGCUCUUCACAGAUGAAAGCAGGUUCACACUGAGCACAUGUGACAGAGUCUGGAGACGCCGUGGAGAACGUUCUGCUGCCUGCAACAUCCUCCAGCAUGACCAGUUUGGCGGUGGGUCAGUCAUGGUGUGGGGUGGCAUUUCUUUGGGGGGACCGCACAGCCCUCCAUGUGCUCGCCAGAGGUAGCCUGACUGCCAUUAGGUACCGAGAUGAGAUCCCCAGACCCCUUGUGAGACCAUAUGCUGGUGCGGUUGGCCCUGGGUUCCUCCUAAUCCAAGACGAUGCUAGACCUCAUGUGGCUGGAGUGUGUCAGCAGUUCCUGCAAGAGGGAGGCAUUGAUGCUAUGGACUGGCCCGCCCGUUCCCCAGACCUGAAUCCAAUUGAGCACAUCUGGGACAUCAUGUCUCGCUCCAUCCACCAACGCCACAUUGCACCACAGACUGUCCAGGAGUUGGCGGAUGCUUUAGUCCAGGUCUGGGAGGAGAUCCCUCAGGAGACCAUCCACCACCUCAUCAGGAGCAUGCCCAGGCGUUGUAGGGAGGUCAUACAGGCACGUGGAGGCCACACACACUACUGAGCCUCAUUUUGACUUGUUUUAAGGAUAUUACAUCAAUGUUGGAUCAGCCUGUAGUAUGGUUUUCCACUUUAAUUUUGAGGGUGACUCCAAAUCCAGACCUCCAUGGGUUGAUAAAUUUGAUUUCCAUUGAUAAUUUUUGUGUGAUUUUGUUGUCAGCACAUUCAACUAUGUAAAGAAAAAAGUAUUUAAUAAGAUUUUCAUUCAUUCAGAUCUAGGAUGUGUUGUUUAAGUGUUCCCUUUAUUUUUUUGAGCAGUGUAUUUUUAUUUGUUUAACACUUUAUUGGUUACUACAUGAUUCCAUAUGUGUUAUUUCAUAGUUUUGAUGUCUUCACUAUUAUUCUAUGAUGUAAAAAAAAAUGUGAAAAAUAAAGAAAAACCCUUGAAUGAGUAGGUGUGUCCAAACUUUUGACUGGUAGUAUAUGAUAAUUAUUUUAUUUUUUACCAAAAAAAUAUGGGGGAUUGGAAAUGAUGCAGACAAUUACAUUGAUGGAAGCCACAAUCUAUCUGCAAUAUUAAAGCUGAUCUACCCCCUAAAAAAAAAAGUAAUAGUUUUGCAGUGCUUGGUUUCAAACUGUAUACCAAUAAUUGGUAUCAUAGUCAGAUUUAUUAGGCAAUGUGUUUGCUAGCUGGCUACCUAGCCAGCUGAAGUUACCAAAUGUGAUUGUCUUGUCACUCAUCUCUGCAGUGAAGCCCUGGCUUUCUCGCUAGUGACUGGUAUAAACCAUGCCAUGGCCAGGCUGGUGGACAUAUGGGACAGCAUGGGCAUCAUGGAGGAGCAGAGGGUAGAGCGGAUGGAGACGGUGAAGAAACACAUUGAGGUGAGGCUUUAGAAAACAGGAAAUGCAGAUUAACUGAAAAUGAAACGGAAGCCUUGUCAACUAACUAACUAAGACUUGAUAUGACAUUCCUUUCCUAAUCUAAAGGGCCUUUUGAAUGACAUGAUCACAGAGGAGGAAGCUUUGAAGCACCGCAUCCGAACCAAUAUCAUCACUUUUGAAAAACAGUUGGUUACCUUGUGUUUGGAAAUGUCAAUGGAUCCAUACAAAGUAAGUGGUACUUUUUUCAGGCUUAACAACAGCAGUAAAGGUCGGCCUUUAAAGGGGUUGUGUCGCAAUAGUUUAGCGGCUUCCACCCCUUGACUCGUUUCCUUCCUUUGUGCUAACCUCCUGUCUCCAUCUUGUCCACCUGUCAGUUGGAGGAGGGUCUGACAGUCCUCCAGAUGGAGAAGAACCUGCGUCUGCGUGUGGAGGUUCUGACCAAGGAGAAGGGGGAGCGUUUGAAGGAGCUACACGGACUGCAGCAGCAGGAUAAGGAGCUGUGCGUGGAGCUGUGCGUCACGCCCUAUUAUGUCCCGACUGGCAGCAUGCCAUCACGCACACAGCUGCAGGAGCUCCGGGAGCACCUCAAGACCCUCACUGAAGAAAAGGUAUUGCAAUACUGUUUGGUGUGAAUGUCAUGAAUACCUGACUCAAGUAUUACUAAGCACACAUUAUUCAUUUGUCUUCUUUUAAGUCUUUUUUUUUUGUAUUUUGUUGAAAGCAUCUCAUCUCUUGUCCCUCCCUCCCUUCCCCUGUUCUGUAGAAGAGUCGUGCAAAGGUGUUCUCAGGGCUGCGUGAGGACAUCAGGCAGCUCAUGGAGGACAUGGGUCAUGAACCAGAAACCAGUCUGGAGAAAGAGUCGGUGUGUCACAACGAGGAGAUAUUCCUGCUCACGCAUGAAAACAUCAAAGCCCUCCAACUGCUGUUGUCCCAGGUACUGAAAAUAAUUUGAUAAAACCUACAAAUGAUUACUCAAAGAUUUUUGGUGUUUUGGUUCCAGGACUUUUGACCUAUUAUAUGUGUAUAAUUUUUUUAGAUGGAGGUCAAGAAGGACUCCCUGAUGAAUACUCUGGCUGAGCUGAAAGAACGAGCCAUGUGCCUGUGGAAUCGUCUGGAAGCGCUAGAGCAGGAUCGCACUGCGUUCCAGGAGAGCGUGCAGGGUACCCUUUCUGACCAAAUCACACAGGUUGGAACUGACUCCUCCUUUAUACCUCUCCUUCACCACUGUAUUGGACGAAGCUUCACCGGCAUACCACACACCACUGUGUUGGACGAAGCUUCACCGACAUACCACACACCACUGUGUUGGACGAAGCUUCACCGACAUACCACACACCACUGUGUUGGACGAAGCUUCACCGGCAUACCACACACCACUGUGUUGGACGAAGCUUCACCGGCAUACCACACACCACUGUGUUGGACGAAGCUUCACCUGCAUACCACACACCAUUGUGCAAAACAGUAAACAUGGCACCAUAACUAUUAUGUUUCCCCAGAAUUGGCUAACAAUGGAACAGAACAGAGAAUACCUCUACAAUGGUGCUAGCACACCACAGUGUUUGAGACGGUCCUGAAUCUGCUAGUGUUCAUUAGGGCAGUGUAUACCAACUCCAGUCCUCCAUUACCCCCAACAGCACACAUUUUUGUUGUAGUCCAGGACCAGCACACCCAAAUCAACUUGUCAGCCCUCAAUGAGUUGAAUCAGGUGAGUUUGUCCGGAGCUACAACAAAAAUGUGUGUUGUUGGGGGUACUGGAGGACCGAAGUUGGGAAACACUGACUUAGUGAAUACCAUUGGUGUUUAAUAUGAGGGUUUCAGGACUGGGGUUGGGAAACACUGCAUUAGGGCAUACAGAAAAUGAAAUGUGUUUCUUAAUGAACGAGUUCAGUUGGUACCUCCUCGUGUCACUGUUUCUGAGCUUUGCCUUUAUUUUUCUUCCUACUGAACCUGACCCUGUUGUCCCAUCCAGUGGCAGGGGGAGGUGGACCGUCUGACAGUUCUGCAGAAAGCCAUGCUGGAGGAUGUGAUUGACAAGGUCCGACAGGAACUAGUGGCUCUCUGGGACAAGUGCAACCAGGGCCCUGAGCAGAGUGAAACCUUCAAUGCCCACUUCUGUGACGGUGGGUAGAACAAUGCUGGAAAUACUUAUUCUCUCACUCACACGCAAAACACAUACAUACUGAUCGAACCGAUCCGUCUUUCCCUAGAUGACUUCACAGAGGAAUUGUUGGCGCUGCAUGAUGCCGAGCUAUUGAAGAUUAAUAAUUACUACGACCAGGCUAAACCCUUACUGGAGGUCCUGGAGAAAUGGGAGAAGUACUGGGCCCUCUUCCAGGACUUUGAGGUAAUGCUGGAAUUUGCGGUCAAGUUAUGUUUAUGAAAUUAAUUGCAAAUAUAUUUUUAAAUUGUGCACCGCUUGAUGCAUGUAAUGUGUUUUUGAUUGAAAACCAUAAGAAAUAUCCACAGUAGAUACUAGCUGCUCUUAUUUCUGAUACAUGUUCAGUGUGGUGCAGAAUUUCUUAAUUCUUAUGUCAUUUGACAUAGAAAACGUGUCAUCUAAUUUUUAAACCUCUCUUUGCAGAAAAAGGCCAAUGAUCCAAACCGCUUCUCCAACAGAGGAGGAGCCCUUCUCAAAGAGGCCAAAGAGAGGGUCAAAGUUCAGAAGAUGUUGCCAAAGGUAAGGCUGGAUUUGAUGCAUCAACAUGUCCGUCUAUAACCUUAUAUGGCAGUUGGAGGAAGGGGGAGAUAAAAAAAUAAAAUAAAGUAGGGCUGUUGUACACGUUGAUCCAGAGCAUCCCAAACAUGCUCAAUGGGUGACAUGUCUGAGAAUGCAGGCCAUGGAAGAACUGGGACAUUUUCAACUUCCAGGAAUUGUGUACAGAUCCUUGUGACAUUGGGUCGUGCAUUAUCAUGCUGAAACAUGAGGUGAUGGCGGCGGAUGGAUGGCACCACAAUGGGCCUCAGAUCAAGUCACGGUAUAGCUGUGCGUUCAAAUUGCCAUCAAUAAAAUGCUAUUGUGUUCGUUCUCCGUAGCUUAUCCCUGCCAAUAACAUAGCCCCACCGCCACCAUGGGGCACUCUGUUCACAACAUUGACAUAAGAAAACUGCUUGCCCACACGUCUGUGGUUGAGGCCGGUUGGAUGUACUGCCAAAUUCUCUAAAACAUUCUUGCAGUCAGCAUGCCAAUUGCACGCUGCCUCAACUUGAGACAUCUGUGGCAUUGUAUUGUGUGACAAAACUGCGAACUUGUAUUGUCCCCAGCACAAUGUGCACCUGUGUAAGGAUCAUGAUGUUUAAUCAGCUUCUUGAUAUGCCACACCUGUCAAGUGGAUGGAUUAUCUUGGCAAAGGAGAAAUGCUCACUAACAGGGAUGUAAACAAAUUUGUGCACAAUUUGAGAGAAAUAAGCUUUUUGUGCGAAUGGAACAUUUCUGCGAUCCUUUAUUUCAGCUCAUGAAACAUGGGAUCAACACUUUACAUGUUGCGUUUAUAUUUUUGUUCUGUGUAUAUAUAUAUUUUUGAAAUAUAAUGUACAUUUAAAAUGUAAUGUCUAUGAAAAGUGGCAGCAAUAUGGUUGAUGGUAAUCAAAAGAUCACCGCCUCCUGCUGAGAUGAGGCAAUUGAGCGUUUAAUCAGCAUGGCUUCUUUUCACAACCGCUCACUUGGAGCAUCCAAUGUGCAGUUUAUUCAAGGUCAAAUCUCACCACACUGUAUGCUGCUACCCCACUGUAUGCUGAGUAUAUGAUGGCGUCAGUGAGGUUGAGACCUUGUGUAAAAUGCCAAUUACAUAUACAGUUUAAAUGCCAGUGAAGUGUAUAUAAAGGCUUUUGACAAAGGAAAAGUGAUGUUGAUCCUCCCUGUUAUGUGAUCUGCCUAGUUGGAGGAAGAGCUGAAGAUGGGUGUUGAGAGCUGGGAGAAGGACCAGGGUUCUGCCUUCCUGGUCCAGGGCCAGAGAGUCAUGACCUACAUCUCCAGCCAAUGGGAGGAGCACAAACAGCAGAGGGGCAAGGAGAAGAGUGAACGUGCCGCUGUAAGUCCAGCCCCUCCUAAUGCUCUCCCAUUGACCCAGCAGUGUUCCCCAGUCAGCCCAGUAAUGGUCCAUAGAGGCUUCAGGGGGGGUUCUUUACAAACUACAUUUACAUUUACAUUUUAGUCAUUUAGCAGACGCUCUUAACCAGAGCGACUUACAGGAGCAAUUAGGGUUAAGUGCCUUGCUCAAGGGCACAUUAACGUCAUUUAGCAGACGCUCUUAGCCAGAGCGACUCACAAAUUGGUGCGUUCACCCUAUAGCCAGUGGGAUAACCACUUUACAAUUUGGGGGGGGGGGGGGGGGGGGGGGUUAGAAGGAAUACUUUAGCCUAUCCCAGGUAUUCCUUAAAGAGGUGGGGUUUCAAAUGUCUCCGGAAGGUGGUGAGUGACUCCGCUGUCCUGGCGUCGUGAGGGAGCUUGUUCCACCAUUGGGGUGCCAGAGCAGCGAACAGUUUUGACUGGGCUGAGGGGGAGCUGUGCUUCCGCAGAGGAAGGGGAGCCAGCAGGCCAGAGGUGGAUGAACGCAAUGUCCUCGUUUGGGUGUAGGGACUGAUCAGAGCCUGAAGGUACAGGGGUGCCGUUCCCCUCACUGCUCCAAAGGCAAGCACCAUGGUCUUGUAGCGGAUGCGAGCUUCAAUUGGAAGCCAGUGGAGUGUGCGGAGGAGGGGGGUGACGUGAGAGAACUUGGGAAGGUUGAACACCAGACGGGCUGCGGCAUUCUGGAUGAGUUGUAGGGGUUUAAUGGCACAGGCAGGGAGCCCAGCCAACAGCGAGUUGCAGUAGUCCAGACGGGAGAUGACAAGUGCCUGGACCAGGACCUGCGCCGCUUCCUGUGUAAGGCAGGGUCGCACUCUCCGAAUGUUGUAGAGCAUGAACCUGCAGGAGCGGGUCACCGCCUUGAUGUUGGCGGAGAACGACAGGGUGUUGUCCAGGGUCACGCCUAGGCUCUUCGCACUCUGGGAGGAGGACACAGCGGAGUUGUCUACCGUGAUGGCGAGAUCAUGGAACGGGCAGUCCUUCCCGGGGAGGAAGAGCAGCUCCGUCUUGCCAGGGUUCAGCUUGAGGUGGUGAUCCGUCAUCCAUACUGAUAUGUCUGCCAGACAUACAGAGAUGCGAUUCGCCACCUGGUGAUCAGAAGGGGGAAAGGAGAAGAUUAGUUGUGUAUCGUCAGCGUAGCAAUGAUAGGAAAGGCCAUGUGAGGAUAUGACAGAGCCAAGUGACUUGGUGUAUAGGGAGAAAAGGAGAGGGCCCAAAACCGAUCCCUGGGGGACACCAGUGGUGAGAGCACGUGGUGCGGAGACAGCUUCCCGCCACGCCACUUGGUAGGAGCGACCGGUCAGGUAGGACGCAAUCCAGGAGUGAGCCGCGCCGGAGAUGCCCAUUUCGGAGAGGGUGGAGAGGAGGAUCUGAUGGUUCACAGUAUCAAAGGCAGCAGACAGAUCUAGAAGGACAAGAGCAGAGGAGAGAGAGUUAGCUUUAGCAGUGCGGAGAGUCUCUGUGACACAGAGAAGAGCAGUCUCAGUUGAAUGACCAGUCCUGAAACCUGAUUGGUUUGGAUCAAGAAGGUCAUUCUGAGAGAGAUAGCAAGAGAGUUGGCUAAAGACGGCACGCUCAAUAGUUUUGGAAAGAAAAGAAAGAAGGGAUACUGGUCUGUAGUUGUUGACAUCAGUGGGGUCGAGUGUUGGUUUUUUGAGAAGGGGAGUAACUCUCGCUCUCUUGAAGACGGAAGGGACAUGGCCAGCGGUCAAGGAUGAGUUGAUCAGCGAGGUGAGGUAGGGGAGAAGGUCACCGGAGAUGGUCUGGAGAAGGGAGGAGGGGAUGGGGUCAAGCGGGCAGGUUGUUGGGCGGCCUGCAGUCACAAGUCGCAGGAUCUUAUCUGGAGAGAGAGGGGAGAAAGAAGUCAAAGCAUAGGGUAGGGCAGUGUGAGCAGGACCAGCAGUGUCAUUAGGCUUAACAAACAAGGAUCGGAUGUCGUCAACCUUCUUUUCAAAGUGGUUGACGAAGUCAUCCACAGAGAGAGAGGAGGGGGGGGAGGGGGGGGGGGGAGGAUUCAGGAGGGAGGAAAAUGUGGCAAAGAGCUUCCUAGGGUUAGAGGCAGAUGCUUGGAAUUUAGAGUGGUAGAAGGUGGCCUUAGCAGCAGAAACAGAUGAAGAAAAUGUAGAGAGGAGGGAGUGAAAAGAUGCCAGGUCGGCAGGGAAUUUAGUUUUCUUCCAUUUCCGCUCCGCUGCCCGGAGCUCUGUUCUGUGAGCUCGCAAUGAGUCAUCAAGCCACGGAGCUGGAGGGGAGGACCGAGCCGGCCGUGAGGAUAGGGGACACAGAGAGUCAAAGGAUGCAGAAAGGGAGGAGAGGAGGGUUGAGGAGGCAGAAUCAGGAGAUUGGAGGGAGAAGGAUUGAGCAGAGGGAAGAGAUGAUAGGAUGGAAGAGGAGAGAGUAGUGGGAGAGAGAGAGCGAAGGUUGCGGCGGCGCAUUACCAUCUGUGUAGGGGCAGAGUGAGUAGUGUGGGAGGAGAGUGAGAGAGAAAAGGAAACAAAGUAGUGGUCGGAGACUUGGAGGGGAGUUGCAGUGAGAUUAGUAGAGGAGCAGCAUCUAGUGAAGAUGAGGUCAAGCGUAUUGCCUGCCUUGUGAGUAGGGGGGGACGGUGAGAGGGUGAGGUCAAAAGAGGAGAGGAGUGGAAAGAAGGAGGCAGAGAGAAAUGAGUCAAAUGUGGACAUAGGGAGGUUGAAAUCCCCCAAAACUGUGAGGGGUGAGCCAUCCUCAGGGAAGGAACUUAUCAAGGCGUCAAGCUCAUUGAUGAACUCUCCAAGGGAACCUGGAGGGCGAUAGAUGACAAGGAUAUUAAGCUUAAAUGGGCUAGUGACUGUGACAGCAUGGAAUUCAAAUGAGGAGAUAGACAGAUGGGUUAGGGGAAAAAUUGAGAAUGUCCACUUGGGAGAGAUGAGGAUUCCUGUACCACCACCCCUCUGACCAGAUGCUCUCGGGGUAUGCGAGAACACAUGGUCAGACGAGGAGAGAGCAGUAGGAGUAGCGGUGUUUUCAGUGGUGAUCCAUGUUUCCGUCAGCGCCAGGAAGUCGAGGGACUGGAGGUUGGCAUAGGCUGGGAUGAAGUCAGCUUUGUUGGCAGCAGAACGGCAGUUCCAGAGGCUGCCUGCGACCUGGAACUCCACGUGGGUGGUGCGUGCAGGGACCACCAAAUUGGAGAGGCAGCAGCCACGCGGUGUGGUCAUAAAACCUGAUCUCCCUGUUCCCAUGUGCAAAAGGCCAAUUCUAAAACUUACUGUGCUGAAGUUGGAUUAAAAUAGACUUGUACACAGUUUGGUGGUCAGCAUGUGUAACCGCCGAAUGGCAAUGGUGGGAAACAGGGAUUUGACCAUUCUGGGGCACUGUUUGUUAUUGACCGGUCUGUGACUGAGGCUUUGUUUGCCUCUGUGUUGCAGACAUCAAAGAAGGGGGAAAUGAUGACUCUCUUCAAAACUCCCACGAAGAGGGCCCAUGUAGGGAUGAACGCCCCCACCCCCAACAAGAUCAGGAAGGUACAGUAACUAGCAGUGGUCCACAUAGGGCUAGUUCACUCCCCUCCAAAACCAAUUGGUCACUUUACUAUUGUCACCAGUCUUGACGUUGACCCCCAUUGCUGUCCUUUCAGCAGACUCCUACCCAGCCUACCAUGGUGCGGUCCUACAGCUGCAGCUCAUCCAGCACCUUCAUCAGUGUGCCCAGCAGCAAGCCUCCUAUCUCCCAGGUUCAGAUGCAGGUACACAAACACAGCACUCAUUCAAAACUAUGGCCCAUCUUUGGUUCUUGUGCUUGCACACAUAUAUCCAACUUGGAUGGUCAACAUCUUCCAUUUUAUAUAGCUGGACAACUAUUAAAACAACCACUAGGUGAUGCUGUUAUAAAAUUUUGCUUAUUUGAGCGGUAAGCUAUUCGGCCACUUUCCACAGUCUACUUAGGUUUAUAAGAAACAAUAUUGACAGCAAAAUCAAAACUUGUCUUUAGAAUCUAACUUCUUUCCAAGGUCAAUCAUUCUGGUCAAGAGAUGCAAAAAUAUAAUACUUCAAAUGGAUUAGCAGAGGCUGCUGGGAGGAAGUACAUUUUACAUUUUACAUUUUAGUCAUUUAGGAGCACAGCGCAAUAGUCAGGACGCCUCAGGUAGUACAACAUAGGGGACACUGUUGAAUAGCUACUUGAUUCAUGUAAGACACCUUUACUAUACUCUAAUCAGUGUCACCAACCUUUCUGAGUCAAGAAACUUCGGAGUCAAAAUGCAAGUUGAGAUACCGCUGGCAUUCUUUAAAACACUGAUUAAUGUAGGCCUAUGCAACAGAACCAAUAACCAUUCUGAGGAAUGAGGUUUGUGCGUAGGCCAUACAUUAUCACAGCAUUGGCUAUGCUUGGACUGCCAAUCUUGUUCUCUCAGACCUAUUUAUUAAAAACUCUAGCUUGUGAUAACAAAUAGAUCAGUUGACACUUGCGGGCCAGCUAGCAAAAUUAAAAUAAUAACUUUUAGUGCUAUUGAUGACAGUUGCGGAGGAAAAGUCUUCUUUCCUCUUAGACUGCCAGAGAGGUGGGACACUGUCUUCACUGUUGGCGAAACGAUCGCACCACAAAUUUCUGCGCACACUGUUUCUUAACAUUUUUGUCAUGUUUUAAAGAAAUCCAUUGGUGGGGUCAUGGAAGAUGUAAUGGUGAUGGAAUUGGCAGCGCAAGGUGCACUGAUUAUCAGGUCCGCCGGGUAGGCAGUUUUUCCUUCAGACAAAUAGGCUAAUGGAGUGUUACACCUGGCGCGCAGGGCUUGAAUCAAGUGCACCUACCGCCAGCAGCGCAAGAUGAAUUCAAAACAAUCAUAAUAGGCGUUCAAGGCUUUAUCUUUGGCUUUUCUGCAGAAAGGUUUGGUGAUCGAUCCAAGUUUACUUCACUGUAAGACCAGCCUUCUACGCUGCUGUCACUGUGUACUUCAAUAAUCCAUUCCAUGACACUACUUACUCCUCUAGACUGCUUUUAAAAAAGUGGGCUGGGGGUAUAUCUGUUAUUAAAAUAUGUAUCUUUCAUUCCCCCCAGGGUGACCUGUCCAAAAAGACAAAUGACGCAGUUUUCAAUUCGACAGCAAAGGACCUUUUCUGA